UACUUCUUAUACGAGGCCCUGCAUGGACCACCAAAGAUAACCUUGGUAGAAGGUGCAAAUGCAGCUCUGCUGGAUAUUGAUUUUGGGACUUACCCCUUUGUAACCUCCUCGAAUUGCACUGUUGGAGGCAUCUGCACUGGUUUGGGGACGCCCCCUCAAAAUGUGGGGGAGGUGUACGGUGUUGUGAAAGCGUACACCACUCAGGUUGGCAUUGGUGCCUUUCCUACAGAACAAGACAACGAGAUUGGGGAAUUACUGCAAACAAGAGGUACAGAGUUUGGUGCAACUACUGGAAGGGAAAAAAGACGGGGCUGGUUGGACCUCAUUUUGCUCAAAUAUGCUCACAUGAUUAAUGGGUUUACUGCAUUGGCACUUACCAAAUUGGAUAUUUUGGACAUGUUUACAGAGAUCAAAGUUGGAGUUGCUUACAAGUUAGGUGGUGAAAUCAUACCUCAUUUCCCAGCAAACCAGGAAGUCUUAAAUGAAAUUGAAGUUCAAUAUAAGACUCUCCCAGGAUGGAACACAGAUAUAUCAAAUGCACAAACAUUUAAGGACCUACCUGUCAAUGAGCAAAAUUAUGUUCGAUUUAUUGAAGAUGAGCUUCAAAUUCCAGUUAAAUGGAUUGGUGUUGGGAAAUCCAGAGAAUCUAUGAUUCAGCUCUUUUAA